CCAAAAUGUUACGCUGGACAUGUGCUAAUAGUCGAAGUUCUCUAUACGCUGCAGUUGUUGUUUGUGUCGUAAGAGAUUGAAUGAGAUUUUGUUUAUUUGUAUACAAAGGAACACACUGGGGACAAUUAUUGACGAUACACAAUAGGUGGUUAAUUGCGAGUUAUUCCACACGAGGCCAUUAUGCAGCAUACACACUUUGAACCAAAUGGCUAUCAGUCCGGUUUAUACAGCGGGUCACCAUCUUACGACGGAUCCUCCAUAAAACUCCACCAUGGACACUUCCAGGAAACUCCGGAUACCUGUUACAACACUUUCCUCUCUCCGACUUCCUCUCCGGGAAAUUAUAUUUCCCGGGAACCUCCGUCGUACGCGGAGUCAACAUUACUUCAUGGUGGAUUUGUACCAAACGCCAAUAGUGCCUACUACAAAAUGCCCAGUGGGCGACAAAUGGACAUUUCCGACUACGGUCUACAACGGAGUUCAGACGGUCUUUUGACCAAAUCGGACAUUCUUGAUAAUGGACAUCCUAACCAUGGGCUGGACCAAAUUCAUCCCCGAUACGACGCAUUGGGAGGGGGUUCAAAUGUGGUGGGGGGAGGAGAGGCGGAGAGUAGACUUACCGACAGUGGGUUGAACAGUCACCACGAGGAAGUGCAACAUAUCAAACUAGAGGCGAAUCAUGAAUAUAAACAGGACAUUCAACCAAUACAACAACAGCGUUUGUCUCCAGGAAUCGCCGAGCCGGAGGUUCCUCAGGAAACCAAAGACGAAACCUUAAAGGUUGAAAAGGAAAUUGAACCGAUAGACAUUGCCGACCCUUCGAAAGGACACGAUGAGAAGGCGCAUGGAAAUGCUGACGUUAAACCGGCGCUUUCGUAUAUAGCGCUCAUAGCCAAAGCAAUUCUAGAGUCAGCACAAAAGCGCCUUAGUCUCGGCUCAAUAUAUUCAUGGAUAGAGAAAAAUUACCCGUAUUACUUAAAUAGAGGACAGGGUUGGCGCAACAGUGUCAGACAUAAUCUUUCUUUAAAUGACUGUUUCAUCAAGGCUGGGCGCUGUGAGGAUGGAAAGGGCAACUACUGGGCAAUACAUCCAGCUAAUAUCCAGGACUUCAUGAGGGGCGAUUUCCGGCAAAGAAGGCGCUCCCGCCGUAGGGGGCGAAAGAAGGAUUGUGACUUGGGUAUGUACCAUAUGACGAACGGAUAUGCACCUCUUGCGCCAAGUGUGCCCUUCAGCCCUAAUACGACGGCAUUCAGUUCGAUUUAUUCCCCAUAUACGGACGCUGAGCGCCGAGCAUACCGACUAGACGAGGCGCUUUUGCGCCAGAGUAUGAACAAUCCCUUUAUGAAAUGGUACCACAAUGGUGUGCCAAACACCGGCUACAACUCCCCUCAGAAUACAGGGUGUAACUCCACUAUGUAUCCGAGCUCUCCCUCGACACAAUGGCAGGGGUACGGGGACCAAAGCUACCAACUCAACCCCUCUCUCUCUAGGAACUAUUCGACAACCACUUUAGUGUAAGCACCAAGGUGCUUCAGCGAAAGGGACGUCCUUGGCCCCUUUUGGAAAGGAUUGGGGAACAAGAUGGACAGAUUACGGGAUUAGAGGCGCUUGGCGCUUGGCGCCGUGUAUAAAUCCCGCAAGCAACGAUGUGUUCGUAUGCGUUGAAGACCAAUCAAGAAUGGGGAGAGGAAUGUUUCCUGAGAUUUCGAAUAAGUGUUUGACUUGAUAUUACCAGUAUCUGAAGCAUCCAUUUAAACGUAAAAUGGCAGAGAUACCAUAUUCUCUUAUGAGAGUCCGAUCCCGCACGACUUCGUAUUUAUUCACUGACAGUUCGAUGUGAUCAACUGGUAUCGCACGUGUCUGAUUUCCAGUCAGAUACAACUCACUUUGUCUUAUACGAACAAUUUCUUUGUGGUCUGAGGAGGGACCUCAUAGGCUGUAAUAUCCAAGAAAUCAUUGUGGUGAAUAUUUACUGUCAUUGCAAUCAAUAUUAACGAUCUCCUCAAAAAAACAAUUCAUCCUAAUGAUUCGUACAGUUGAAUGCGACCAAACUGUUUUAGAAACGUAGUAUUUUAAAUUUCAUUAUUCUAUAUGCAAUUACAUUCAAUUAUCUCAAUUUUUUCUUAAAUCAGAUUCAGACUUUUUCAAGUGUACAACUUAGGUUAGGUAACUCUUUCCUAAUUAAAGAAAGUGCUCCAAGUCGUAAAAAACACACUUAUAGUCAAUUAUCAUUUAUAUCAUUUUUUUAAGCACAAACUAAACCUUUUUAUGUUGUUUAAAGAACUAAAGAUUAUGGUUAAAAUUUGAAGUUGUCUCGAUGUCGACUGCUAAGUGUGAUAUUUAAAAACACCAAACAUCAAGUGAUAUUCAAAUUAAUGUGUUCAUUUUAUCAUUUUGGGAAAAGGUUAUAUUUCACCGGCAAUAACUGAGAAUAGCAUACAAAAUUGC